AUGGCGGCAACUGCGGCUUCUGGCCUUCAAAUGGCAACUGCAAGGCCCUGCAUUUCCUCUUCUCGCAGAGUUGUUAAGGCAGGUGCUGCAGUUGUUGGAGCCAAUUCUAAAGGGGCAUCAUGGUCUAAGCUUGCCAGUGGUUCUCAUAUAUCAUCUAUCCAGCCUUUCCAAAGGACUUUCAUGUCAUCUUCAGUUAAAUUAAAUAAGGUUGUGACGAAGGCAAUGUCUGAAUCUAGUGAAAGUAAGCCAGUAUCUGGUUUGCCGAUUGAUUUGAGAGGUAAACGGGCAUUUAUUGCUGGUGUGGCUGAUGACAAUGGGUAUGGUUGGGCAAUAGCAAAAUCCCUUGCUGCUUCUGGUGCUGAAAUUCUGGUUGGAACAUGGGUGCCUGCUUUGAACAUUUUUGAAUCAAGCCUGCGACGGGGAAAGUUUGAUGAAUCUCGUGUGUUGCCAGAUGGUUCCUUGAUGGAGAUCACCAAAGUAUAUCCCCUUGAUGCAGUGUUUGACAACCCUGAGGAUGUACCUGAAGAUGUGAAAGCAAAUAAACGUUAUGCAGGAUCCAGUAAGUGGACUGUUCAGGAAGUUGCUGAAUCUGUCAAACAGGAUUUUGGCAGCAUUGACAUCCUUGUGCACUCACUUGCCAAUGGACCAGAGGUUACCAAGCCCCUUUUGGAAACAUCAAGGAAAGGAUAUCUUGCAGCGAUAUCUGCAUCCAGUUACUCAUACAUUUCUUUACUCAAACAUUUCAUUCCAAUAAUGAAUCCAGGUGGCUCAUCAAUUUCUCUCACAUACAUUGCUUCAGAGAGAAUCAUUCCAGGAUAUGGUGGAGGCAUGAGUUCUGCCAAAGCUGCACUUGAGAGUGAUACACGAGUGCUUGCAUUUGAAGCAGGAAGGAAACACAGAAUCAGGGUCAACACAAUAUCUGCGGGUCCACUAAGAAGCCGUGCUGCAAAAGCAAUUGGAUUUAUUGACACCAUGAUUGAAUAUUCAUUAGCCAAUGCACCCCUGCAAAAAGAACUAUCUGCAGAUGAGGUGGGUAAUGCUGCUGCCUUCUUAGCGUCACCUUUGGCUUCUGCUGUCACUGGUACGGUUAUGUACGUUGACAAUGGCCUCAACGCAAUGGGUGUCGGUGUCGACAGCCCAAUAUUCAAAGACCUUGACAUUCCGACAGACAAGCACUAG